AUGGGUGGAGACGUUCCAUUGCAGGCUCCCAGCCUUCUUCCCCGAGCACCAGAACACCCCGUCGGCCAACGCAUCACCAAGAUAUACACAGAUCGUCUCCGUCAGUUCACGGAAACAGGCCAGUACAGAGACCAUAAUCUAAUUUCCAAGCUCUACGACGCUGUCACCUCCGACAACAAACAUGUCAAGCUCUCCGUCUACUCGCCCCCGGACCUGCAGCGCCCGAACUUCGAGGACGCGACCUCCCACGAGUUCACACCGACGCAUAUCGGUGCCUCCUUCGGCCCAAGCUGGUCCACGCACUGGUUCCGCAUCCAGCUAACGGUCCCGCAGGAUAUGCGCGACAAGGACCGGCUGGAGUUCCACUGGGACGCGAACAACGAGGGACUCGUCUGGGCAGAGGACGGACGCCCGCUGCAGGGCUUGACAGGUGGCGGCGAGCGGGUGGAGUGGGCCAUCCCGGAUGCCUGGCGCGACGGCAAGGAACACACGUUCUACAUCGAGAUGGCGUGCAAUGCCAUGUUUGGGAAUGCGCCGGGUGGGGACUCCAUCCAGCCGCCCGCGCCGGAUAAGUAUUACACGCUGCACACGGCGCAGAUCACGGCGGUGAAUGUGGAGGCGCGGGCGCUGUUCUACGAUUUCUGGAUUAUAGGAGAUGCGGCUAGAGAGUUUCCUCGCGACUCAUGGGAGUCGCAUCAGGCCAAUAUGGUGGCUAAUGCUAUCAUGGAUGCCUUUGAAGCAGGCAACGGAAGCCAGGAGUCCAUCAGGGAAGGACGCAAGAUCGCUCAGAAGUAUCUAGGAGACAAGGUUGACUCGGCCGAGGUCUACGGGACUGAUACGCAGCCUAUUGUCUAUGCCAUCGGCCAUUGUCAUAUCGACUCCUGCUGGCUAUGGCCAUGGGCAGAGACAAAACGCAAAGUCGCUCGAUCAUGGUCCAAUCAGUGUGAUUUGAUGGACCGCUAUCCCGAGCAUCGUUUUGCUUGCUCGCAGGCGCAGCAGUUCAAGUGGCUGGAGCAACACUACCCUUCGGUCUUUGACCGUGUCAAAAGAUGGGUUAAGAAGGGAAAUUUCCACCCGAUCGGUGGCAGCUGGGUCGAGCACGACACGAACAUGCCCAGCGGCGAAUCGCUGGUACGUCAGUUUGUCUAUGGUCAGCGAUACUUUGAAAGCCGAUUCGGUGAGCGUUGCUCGACCUUCUGGCUGCCUGAUACAUUUGGCUAUUCUAGCCAAAUUCCCCAGAUUUGCCGUCUCGCGGGUAUGAGCCGCUUUUUCACACAGAAGCUGAGCUGGAACAAUAUCAACAACUUUCCGCAUACUACCUUCAAGUGGGUCGCACUUGAUGGUAGCCAGGUGUUGUGCCAUAUGGCCCCGUCUGAGACGUACACGGCGAGUGCUCAUUUCGGGGAUGUUAAGCGCAGCGUGUCGCAACACAAGUCCAUGGACGCGGAUAACACAUCCCUGCUCGUUUUUGGCAAAGGUGAUGGUGGCGGUGGUCCUACUUUCGAGCACAUGGAGAAGCUACGUCGCUGCCGCGGUCUCAGUGACAAAGUUGGCUUGCUUCCACGGGUGAAGAUGGGCGAUUCGGUCGACGAUUUCUUUGCAAGGUUGGAAAGGAAGGCAGCGGAUGGGACCCAAUUCGCUACCUGGUAUGGGGAGCUGUAUUUUGAGCUGCACCGCGGUACAUACACCACGCAGGCGAACAACAAACUGAACAAUCGCAAGUCGGAGUUCUUGCUGCGAGACCUGGAGUACCUCGCAACUUUAGCAUCCCUCAGCCAGACGAAUGGCAAGUAUGAAUACCCGAAGCAGGAUAUAGACGAUAUGUGGGAAGGCGUGCUUCUAUGCCAAUUCCACGAUUGUCUACCGGGAAGCUCCAUUGAGAUGUGCUAUGAUGAUUCGGACGAGUUGUACGCACAGAUCUUUAAGACGGGCGAGCGGGCGAAACAGCAAGCUCUCAAAGCGCUGGGAUUUUCCGACAAUCGUGCAACUGAACGCCUCGUCGCCAUCAACACGCUGCCAUGGCCACGCUCGGAGAUCGUUAGGGUCCCGGACGAGUUUGUGGCGUCGAUGGGUUCAAAGUACGUCCUGGCGAGCGGACGCACUGGUCUUCUCCAGUGUCAAGUCCUGGACACCAAACAAAAGCCCGCCGUAUCGGUCUCGGAAAUUCAACCGGGUGUUCUCCGUCUUGAAAACGAGAAGCUUAGGGUUGAUGUCAAGGACGGAGUCAUUACGUCUUUGUAUGACCUCGAAGCGCAACGGGAGGUCGUCGCCAAGGGCGGCAAGGCUGGCCAGCUCGUCAUCUUCGAUGACAAGCCGCUAUACUGGCAGGCCUGGGAUGUCGAAGUAUAUCAUCUGGAGUCAAGAAAGGAGCUGCGGUCCGGAAAGACAUCCGUUGUCGAGCAAGAUCUGCACCGUGUCAGCGUGGUCACCAAGACCGCCAUCAGUGACAAGAGCUGGGUUAAAACGACCAUCAGCCUCGCGGCGGCAGUGGAUGAUCAGCCAUCGUACGUGGAGAUGGAAAGUGAGGUGGAAUGGCAGGAAACCAUGAAGUUCCUCAAGGUCGAGUUCCCCGUGGAUAUCACGAACACCGAGGCGUCCUACGAGACUCAAUAUGGAAUCACCCGACGACCAACACACUAUAACACCAGCUGGGACAUGGCCAAAUUCGAGGUCUGCUGCCAUAAAUGGGCAGAUCUGUCCGAAUACGGAUACGGCGUCUCGAUCCUGAACGACUCCAAGUACGGAUUUGCAACCUGCGGCAACCUGAUGCGCCUCUCGCUUCUCCGAGCACCCAAAGCACCAGACGCCCACGCCGAUAUGGGUCGCCAUCACAUCCGAUACGCCAUCCUCCCGCACUCCGGGCCCCUGGACGCUCGCACUGUCCACGCGGGAUACAACUUCAACAGCCCGCUGAUCCUCCAGCGCUCCUCUGGCUUGGCAACCACCAACCUGCUGAACUCGAUCAAGGUUUCCGGCUCGCCAUCUCUGAUUCUCGACGCGGUCAAGCGUGGCGAAGACGAUGAGGACGUUUCUCGGGAUAACCUGCCCAAGCGCUCUGGCAAGAGCAUCAUACUUCGCAUCUACGAGUCCAUGGGCGGUAAGUCGCGGGGGUUCAUUUGCUCGAAAUUCCCGGUCAAGACGGUAUGGAAAUGCAAUGUGCUGGAGGAUGAUGAGGAGCCGCUCGAGGUUGUCAGGGGCAAGGAUGGUGUCAGCGUGGAGAUCGAGUUGAGGGCUUUCGAGGUGGCCACCUACCGCUUGCAGUUGUGA